UGUGCAAUGCAACAGAGAGGCUGCUUGUUCUGAGAGAGGAGUUCCCUGCAUAGUUUUCUGAGGAAACACUCCAGGUGAAGGAGUCAUCUUUCUCGGGAGCAAAACUCAGGCAGCAUAAAGAACAGCUUGGAUUAAUGUGUUUUCACAUGCGCUGAAGAUGACUGACUGUCAAAAUCAAAGCCAUCCCGAUCGUCUUCAUGGAUUUUAUGUUUCAAAGUGUGUUCUCAGCUAAAGGAACCACAUCAGGACAAGAGUCCAGUGGUGAUGCUGGCAAUGCAGCAGUCCAACUCCUCAGGCAUCAGUGCCUCACUUCCUCUCUCUAACCACACCACCAUGGCACAAGAUCCUAAGGUGGAGGCCAUAGUAGCAAAAAACACCACCCGUCCAACAAGCAACCCCACAGCGGCUGGCCUAUCCAUGACACUGGGCAUCUUUUUCAAUGUGGUAGCCCUCAUCAUCCUCAUCAAGGCUUACAAUCGCUUCCGUCGGCGGUCAAAGGCCACGUUUCUGCUCUUUGCCAGCUCCCUGGUAGCCACAGAUCUGGCUGGACAUGUUAUCCCCGGAGCCAUGGUACUGAGUAGAUACUCGGCGAGCACUGAGACGGCAGCUGGCCAAGCCUCCAGUUUUCAAGAUAAUUCUACAGAUGAAGAUGCCUCUUGCCUGUUCCUGGGGGGUUGCAUGGUGUUCUUCGGCCUGUGCCCACUCUUCAUGGGCUGUGCCAUGGCUGCUGAGCGCUGCAUGGGCAUCACCAGGCCUUUGCUGCACGCUCGUCUGGUGACCACAGCACGGACAAAGAUGGCACUAAUACUGAUCUGGCUCCUGGCUUUGUGUGUAGCACUUCUACCUUUCAUCAGACUGGGUGAUUACACUUCCCAAUACCCAGGGACUUGGUGCUUUAUCAGGGUGAUGGAGGGCACUGAAGCCACAGAUCUGGCUUUUAUGAUACUCUUCUCUGGACUGGCUGUGAGCUCUCUGGCCCUGGCCUUUGUGUUCAACACCAUCAGUGGGAUCACACUGGUGAGAGCCCGGCUAAAGAGGUCCUGCUCCCAGCGAUACUCGGCCAGGUCUCAUGACACAGAGAUGGUGGUCCAGCUGGUCGGAAUCAUGGUCACUUCCAGUAUCUGCUGGAGCCCUCUGCUGAUCUUUGGAUUGAUAUCAGCCACACGGUCCUACACCAACUCCCCAUUUAGUGACAAAGACACUUACAAACGUUUGAUGGUGACAGGUGUCAGAAUGGCGACCUGUAAUCAGAUCCUGGACCCGUGGGUCUACAUCCUGCUGAGACGCGCCAUCCUCAGAAAAAUCUACCGCAUCACCAAAAAACAGGCCAGCUUCAAAGGAAGUACCCUCCGUCGCUGGGAUCUCAGCUCCUUUCAGAACUCAGAGAAAAACAACGUUAUUCUCAAAAGUCUUAAAUAAAACGAGCGAUGGGAACACGAGCCAUCCUGGUUUAAAUAAGAUUGUUAUUGUGAGUGGGGAUGUCAAAGUUUCUGACCUGGAAGAUCACCAGCUGGCUAAGGAUAGCCUCUGUCAGUCAGUCCUCCUCGAGAGCCCAUGUAAAAGUGGACUCUUAUGUAUUCACUUUUCCUAAAGUACAGACUCUAUCUAGUCUUUAAGAAAACAUCUCAAGUAAAAGGUUUGGUCUUCAGUGUUGUCUUGUUUUUGUUUGUUUGUUCUCUGAGGUUCUGUAAAUGACUUCUGUAAAUGCUUAGGCAACAGCAAAAAGAUGUGAAAAACUCCUUGUGUGUGCACAGUGUAGGGUUGUGACAUGAAUGUGAAUAUGUGUCUUUAUUGUGUGUUUGUUAAUGUAUCAGCAGUGUAUACUGUUCCCCAAGUGUGCGGGGACUGAAGUGAAGCUAUGUGCUGCAAAAGCUAACUGAAUGUGACAUUGGUUAAAAAAAAAAAAAGAGAAUGUAAUAAAUAGCUGCAUUGUCUCUUUUUGAAUUUGAAUUUUGAUCAUAUUUUUACAAGUUUGUUAAGAUCUGGUAAAGUUACUUUUAUUUAUACAUAUAUUCUGAAUGAAGGGAAGCUUGACAGUAAAACAGAAGGAGUGAAUUUAAAAUGGCAGCUGGUAGGUUUCAGGUUUAGAUUCAAAUGUAUAACCAGCAUUUAAACCUUAUAUGAUAAAGUUACAGCAGGCAACAGGUUAGUUUAGAGCUGGCUUUAAUUAAUGAUCAUUGACUCCUAACAAAAUAAAAAGACAAGGUGCAAAAACUUUAAUGUCAAUUAGUGAA